CGCAGCUCGGCGUCAAGAACGGAUCCGGAUCCCGGAGUAGGAUUUUGACAUGCCGGCGGAGAGAGAGAUGGCGCUUCCGGUCUAGGGAGAGCAUUGACCCUUGGAUUACGUUCUCACCUUUGAGACAAUGCUGGGAUUCUGCAGGGGGAAAAGGAAAUUCCUGGCAGCCUCGCUCACCCUCCUAUUCGUUCCGGCCGUUACCUGGAUUUACCUGUUCACUGGAAACUUUGACGAUGGGAAGUCCAUCUCCCUGUCUCCGCUGGACUCUCAGUCCCACAGUCCACGUUACUCAGCCUCAAACCAGCGAGAAAGCCUGGAGCUGCGCAUGCGAGAAGUGGAGGAGGAAAACCGAGUCCUGCGCAAGCAGCUCAGCCUGGUACAGAAUCGGGGGCCAUCACAUCGCCAAGGCAACCGCUCCAAAACCUACUCCAUGGAGGAAGGCACGGGCGACAGCGAGAGCUUGCGGGCCGGGAUCGUGGCCGGGAACAGCUCGGAGUGCGGCCAGCAGCCGGCCGUGGAGAAAUGCGAGACAAUCCACGUGGCCAUUGUGUGCGCCGGUUAUAACGCCAGCCGGGACGUUGUUACGCUGGUGAAGUCCGUCUUGUUUCACAGGAGGAAUCCGCUUCACUUCCACCUCAUCGCAGACACGAUCGCCAAGCAGAUCUUGGCCACUCUGUUCCAGACCUGGAUGGUCCCCGCCGUGCGAGUGGAUUUCUACGACGCCGACGAGCUGAAGUCGGAGGUGUCGUGGAUUCCGAAUAAACACUACUCCGGUAUCUACGGACUCAUGAAGCUCGUCCUGACCAAGACGCUUCCCACCAGCCUGGAACGGGUCAUCGUCCUGGACACCGACAUCACGUUUGCCACCGACAUUGCCGAGCUGUGGGCCGUGUUCCACAAGUUCAAAGGACAACAGGUUCUUGGCCUGGUGGAGAAUCAGAGUGACUGGUAUCUCGGGAAUCUAUGGAAAAACCACCGGCCGUGGCCAGCUCUCGGGCGAGGAUACAAUACAGGAGUGAUCCUUCUGCUUCUGGAUAAGCUUCGAAAGAUGAAGUGGGAGCAGAUGUGGCGUCUCACGGCCGAGCGCGAACUCAUGAGCAUGCUGUCCACCUCUCUGGCCGACCAGGAUAUCUUCAACGCUGUCAUCAAGCAGAAUCCUUUCCUGGUCCACCAGCUCCCCUGCUUCUGGAACGUCCAGCUGUCCGACCACACUCGCUCCGAGCAGUGCUACCGGGACGUCUCCGACCUUAAGGUCAUACACUGGAACUCCCCCAAGAAGUUGCGCGUGAAGAACAAGCACGUGGAGUUCUUCCGCAAUCUCUACUUAACCUUCUUGGAAUACGACGGGAACCUCCUGAGGAGGGAGCUCUUUGGCUGCCCCAGCGAAGCGGACAUCAACAGCGAAAACCUUCAGAAGCAGCUCUCGGAGCUCGAUGAAGACGACUUGUGCUAUGAGUUUAGACGGGAGAGAUUCACCGUCCACCGAACGCACCUGUACUUCCUACACUACGAGUACGAGCCGGCCCCCGACGACACCGACGUCACCCUGGUGGCCCAGCUCUCCAUGGACAGGCUCCAGAUGCUCGAAGCCAUCUGCAAACACUGGGAAGGCCCCAUCAGCCUGGCCCUCUAUCUGUCCGACGCGGAGGCUCAGCAGUUCCUGCGCUACGCCCAGGGCUCGGAGGUCCUGCUGAACCGACGGAACGUGGGCUACCACAUCGUGUACAAGGAGGGCCAGUUUUACCCGGUCAAUCUGCUGAGGAACGUGGCGAUGAAGCACGUCAGCACCCCGUACAUGUUCCUGUCCGAUAUAGACUUUCUGCCUAUGUACGGCCUUUACGAGAGCCUCAGGAAGUCGGUGGUCCAGCUUGACCUCAAGAACACCAAAAAGGCUCUGAUCAUCCCAGCCUUUGAGACUCUGCGAUACCGGCUGUCCUUCCCCAAGUCGAAAGCAGAACUCCUCUCCAUGUUGGAUAUGGGGACCCUCUUCACCUUUAGGUACCACGUCUGGACUAAAGGACACGCGCCCACAAAUUUUGCCAAGUGGCGCACGGCGACGACCCCCUAUCGAGUGGAGUGGGAGGCAGAUUUCGAGCCGUAUGUGGUGGUGAGACGAGACUGUCCCGAGUACGAUCGCAGGUUCGUGGGAUUCGGAUGGAACAAAGUAGCUCAUAUCAUGGAGCUGGACGCGCAGGAAUACGAGUUCACCGUGCUGCCCAACGCCUACAUGAUCCACAUGCCGCACGCGCCGAGCUUCGACAUCACCAAGUUCCGAUCCAACAAGCAGUAUCGCAUCUGCCUGAAGACGCUGAAGGAGGAGUUUCAACAAGACAUGUCCCGGCGUUACGGCUUCAAAGCACUCAAAUACCUCACCGCCGAGAACAACAGCUAAUGAAACCGGGGGAAGAAGGGGGCACGGCGGGCGCGACGUGGGCUCCGCUCAACAUCACGGGGAAAAAACCUUGAGGUCAAGAUGCAGACGGGCGGUCAUCUUCUCAAGGUUUGAUGAAGUUCUCUCCCUUCUCCCCCGGUACGGCGGCCGUCAUAGAUGUCAAGAAAGAAAAUGGUGGAAGAAGCCCUUUUGCAUCUUCUCCCUGCCCCAGUCGGUUACAUUCGAGGAGGUCCAGACAUUGCUUGCCAUGGCUUGGUUCCUGUAACCAUGAGACAUCCUCAUCGGUAGAGAACUUCUCUCCUUUGCCGUUCCAACGUCCACCAGGACAUCCAUCGGAGUUAGGAUGUCUUUAUUCCCUGUUAUCCGACCGAGGAGACAUCCGGAGAAGACCAGAAAGGUCGCCAUGCCUUUAGGUGACUGGUCAUGGCGAGAAACAAACCUUUGGCCGAAGCCUCCUAUCUGCUUCGGGCCGAGACGGGCGGACAUCGCCCGCGACACCACGCCGUGAACGGACAGGCGCAGUGUCCCCGGAUCACCUGCGGGUGGCGCAAUUUGGAAAAACAAUUGUUCGGUUCCUUAUGCUUCACGCAAAAAUUUAAAAAAAGAGAAAUAAACUGAAUCCGGUUACUCACCUUGUCAACGAUAACUAAAGGGCAUUUCUUUCUAUUUUUGUAUUUUAUUCAUCCC